AUGAAGGCAAGCAAAGAUGUUGGAGAGGUGGAUGGAUCGGCCCAAGUGGAGGAAGUGCCUGGGGCAACCGAACGACCCUCGAAACGCCUACAGCUUUUAAAUAAGACCCCCUCGCCAAAGGAAACGGUCUUCUUCGGAAAUCUGUUCUACGAUGUGACAGCCGAAGAUCUGAGGCUGCAGAUGGAGAAGUAUGGAGUUGUGGAGCAAGUCUCUAUUGUUUUUGAUAACAGGGGGAUCAGUCGCGGGUUUGCCUAUAUUCAAUACGACACGAUUGACUCCGCCAAACGCGCAAUCGAAGCGAUGAACGGCCGCGUCUUUGAAGGACGUCAUGCUGUUGUGCAAUUCGCUCAGAAUAACGUCAACACUCUGAAACGCCUGAAACCCGUUUCGAAAACGAUAUUUAUCGGCAACCUACCGUUUGAAAUGACCGACCGGGACUUGAAUGAGCUCUUCAAGGAUAUUGUCAAUGUGAUUGACAUUCGAGUGUCCGUUGAUCGUCGGACUGGGCAGAUUCGAGGCUUCGCCCAUGUCGAAUUUACCAACGUCGAGAGUGCACGAGUUGCAUUUGAGACCCUCAGUAGGAAGGCGCCAUAUGGCCGGAAGCUACGCCUUGACUACAGUUAUACCAACAGAAGAGCAGACCAUGUUGCCGAGGACGAGUCGUAG